GGGUCCAGGCCCCGCCCCGAACCGGGGCCCCGCCCCUCUUCGGCAGGCAGCGCGCUCUUCGGACUCUGCCGGGAGCUGACCCGGGGGCUACCCGGCUCCAGCGUCGGUCAGAUCCCUGUUCAUGGCGAUCCGGGGCCCCGCGCCCCGGCCUGGCGGCAGACCCAGGUUAGAUUUGCAAUUUCUCCAGCGGUUCCUGCAGAUACAGAAGGUUUUGUUUCCCUCUUGGUCAUCACAGAGUGCCUUGAUGUUCCUGAUCCUUUUGUGUGUGGCCCUCCUGGAACAACUGGUGAUCUACCAGGUUGGCUUGAUCCCCAGUCAAUACUUUGGAGUCCUAGGAAACAAAGACUUAAAUGGAUUUAAGACCCUGACGUUCCUGUCUGUUUUGCUCAUCGUCCUCAAAUCCAUGCUCAAGAGCUUUGACCAGUUCACCUGCAACCUGCUGUAUGUGAACUGGAGGAAGGACCUCACCGAGCACCUCCACCGCCUCUAUUUCCGCGGCCGUGUGUACUACACCCUCAACGUGCUGCGUGAUGACGUCGAUAACCCGGACCAGCGCAUCAGCCAGGACGUGGAGCGGUUCUGUCGGCAGCUCAGCAGCAUGGCCAGCAAGCUGAUCAUCUCCCCCUUCACCCUCAUCUACUACACCUACCAAUGCUUCCGGAGCACCAGCUGGCUCGGGCCUGUGAGCAUCUUCGGGUAUUUCAUCCUGGGAACCGUGGUGAACAGACUGGUGAUGGGUCCCAUUGUGGCAAAGCUGGUGCAGCAGGAGAAGCUGGAGGGGGAUUUCAGACGCCCUCAUUCAAGUCAGCCCGUGGAUCUGGGCCCUGCUCUGCUCUUCCUGGCCGCCUCCUUCAGACCUGGCCCUGGGAGGAGGAGGGGCGGUGGCAGUUAUGCACCUGUCUUCUCUGGAGCGAGGUUCAAGCACAUGCAGAUCCGGGUGAAUGCUGAGCCUGCUGCUUUUUUCAGGGCUGGUCACGUGGAGCACAUGAGGACAGACCGCAGGCUGCAGCGACUCCUGAAGACCCAGAGGGAACUGAUGUCCAAGGAGCUCUGGCUGUACAUCGGCAUCAACAUGUUUGACUAUCUGGGCAGCAUCCUGAGCUACAUCGUGAUCGCGAUCCCCAUUUUCAGUGGAGUCUACGGAGACCUGAGCCCCACAGAGCUCAGCAGCCUAGUCAGCAAGAACGCCUUCGUGUGCAUGUAUCUCAUCAACUGCUUCAGCCAGCUCAUCGACCUCUCCACCACGCUCUCCGACGUGGCGGGCUACACACACAGGAUCGGGGAGCUUCAGGAGACCCUGCUGGACAUGACCCUGAAGUCACAGGAUGGGGAGUUUCUGGAUGAGAGCCAGUGGGACUUGGCCAGGGACCUGGGAGGGCCAGCAACAGAGCCAGCAGAUGCAGCUUUCCUCCUCGAGCGGGUCUGCAUCUGCGCCCCCUCCUCUCACAAACCCUUAAUCAAGGACCUGAGCCUGAAGAUCUCUGAGGGACAGAGCCUGCUCAUCACAGGCAACACGGGCACCGGCAAGACCUCCUUGCUCCGGGUUCUGGGCGGCCUCUGGGCGAGCGCACGGGGCUCAGUGCAGAUGCUGGCGGACUUUGGACCCCACGGGGUGCUGUUCCUGCCCCAAAAGCCUUUCUUCACUGAUGGGACCCUUCGGGAGCAGGUGAUAUAUCCCCUGAAGGAGAUCUACCCGGACUCAGGUUCUACUGAUGAUGAGAGGAUCAUGAGGUUCUUGGAGCUGGCAGGCCUGUCCAGCUUGGUGGCAAGGACAGAGGGUCUGGACCAGCAGGUCGAUUGGAACUGGUACGAUGUUCUGUCCCCGGGAGAGAUGCAGAGGCUCUCCUUUGCCCGGCUCUUCUACCUGCAGCCAAAGUACGCAGUGCUUGAUGAAGCCACCAGUGCCCUGACCGAGGAGGUGGAGAGCGAGCUGUACCGCGUCGGCCAGCAGCUGGGCAUGACGUUCAUCAGCGUGGGCCACCGACGCAGCCUCGAGAAGUUUCACUCCUUGGUUCUGAGACUCUGUGGAGACGGAAGGUGGGAGCUGACCAGAAUCAAAGUGGAAUGAAGCCAAGGCUGGGCACCAGAAGGAGAGCCAAGCUCAGGAGGUCAGGUCCCCAGGAGAGACCAGGAGGGCUGGCGGGCGAGGAAGGAGCCCCAGGUUUGCCUCGCAGUGUGGGGAACGCCGGCGGCAGUGGGCUCAGCCCACGUGUGAGCCUCCACACCCCUCAUCCUGCCAGCGUGCCUCCUGCUACCUCAGCCACCGCUUUGUACACUUGAAAUGCUGAUCACUUACAUAUAACCUCAAAGCACGUUUUCUAAAGAAAACAAAGUGUGGGAUCCAGAAGCGAUGAAGGGUCGGGGCUACCCCUGGUGGCUCAGUGGUAAAGAGUCUGCCUGCCAACGCAGGAGACAUGGGUACAAUCCCUGAUCUGGGAAGAUCCCACAUGUCGUGGAACAACUGAGUCUGUACACAUCAACUAUUGAACAUGUGCUCUAGAGCCCAUGCUCCACAACAAGAGAAGCCCGUGCACGACAACUAGAGAGUAACCCCUGAUCACAACCAGAGAAAACCUGCAUACAACAAUAAAGACCCAGCACAGCCAAAAAGAAAAAAUAAAUAAAUGAAUAAAUACAAAUUAAAAAAAGAGAUGAAGGGUCGAAAUGGAAGAGUGUAUUGGACUUGGGAGUCAAGACAGCCAGGAGUCUUUUAGAUCACUGAGUUUUGCCAUAGGAGACUUUAAUCAGCUGUAUAAAUUUUAUAACUUUUUUAAAGAAAAGAUAAACCUUUUUUCAACAUGUAGCUUUCCCAUUUUCUCUUUCUUCAUAAGAUGAUCUUUUUUUUCUUUUUUGUGGCCACACAUACAGCGUGUGGGAUGCAGGAUCCAUGUGGGAUGCAGGAUCUUUGUUCCCCAUCCAGGGAUCAAACCCAUGUCCCCUGCAGUAGAUGUGCCGGGUCUUAACCACUGGACCACCGAGAGGUCCCUAAGAUGAUCUUUUUAGUUGACUCUCCAAACUUGUCUUUGAGACCCUGGAGGGCCAGAGCAGGACUCUCCGUUGUGCUGAGCCUUCUGCCCCUGGUCGUUCACUGGCAUCUCCCCAGUUGCCAGUUGUCCCUCAGCCACUAACCUCAAGGGCCCUUCUGCUGUUCUAAUCUCAACCCAGAUGAAAAUAAAUGUCUAAUAUUUUUAAGUUAA